AUGCUGGUGGACGGGGACCUGACGCUGCUGGCCUCUCGGCAGGGGGACGUGUCCACCCUGCGGUCUCAGCUGGCGCACGGCUCUCUGUCCGGAGACGCCAGGGACGCGCUGGGGGCCUCCCCGGCUCACCACGCAGCCCGGGCCGGGAGACUCACCUGUCUGCGGUUCCUGGUGGAGGAGGCGGGACUCACGGGUAACUGUGUGGCGAACAACGGGGCGAGCCCGGCGCACGACGCAGCGGCCACCGGCAACCUGGCCUGCCUCCAGUGGCUGCUGAGCCACGGGGGUGCUGCUCACAGGGACAGUUCUGGUGCCACAAUUCUCCACCUUGCAUCCCGCUUCAGUCACCAUGAAAUCACUGACUGGCUGCUGAAGAGCGGCGAGGUGGACCCCGGGGCCUCCACCGACACAGGCGCCAUACCUGUUCACUAUGCUGCUGCCAAGGGAGACCAGCCCUCUCUCCGACUGUUACUGGGGCACAGCCCAAACGUUGUCAAUGCCCAAACUAAGAAUGGUGCCACUCCGCUCUACCUGGCAUGCCAGGAGGGUCAUCUGGAGGUCGUCCAAUACCUGGUCAAGGAUUGUGGGGCGGAUCCGAGCAUCAGAGCCAAUGACGGGAUGACGCCUAUGCAUGCUGCUGCCCAGAUGGGCCACAACACCGUCAUUGUCUGGCUGAUGAGUUUCACAGAGAUCAGCCUGACAGACAGGGAUAGUGACGGGGCCACGGCCAUGCACUUUGCAGCCAGUCGAGGUCACGCUAAGGUGCUCAGCUGGUUGCUGCUGCACGGCGGAGAGAUUGUCACUGACAGUUGGGGAGGAACCCCACUUCAUGACGCUGCAGAGAACGGGGAACUGGAGUGCUGUCAGAUCCUUGUGGUCAAUGGGGUGGACCUGGGCAUCAGGGACCAGGACGGUUUCACAGCAGCAGACUUGGCUGAAUACAACGGCCACUCCCAGUGUGCCAAGUAUCUGCACACUGUGGAGAACAUGAGUGUGGAGCACCGUGUUUUGUCGCGGGACCCCUCGAUGGACCUCGAGUAUAAGCAGCCGGACUCGGGCCUCUCGUCCCCGAACACCACCAUGCCCCCCGUCAGCCAGGCGGCACACUUUGACAUCGGUUCACCAUCCAGCUCCCUGUCCAACUACGACUCAGCCAACUCCAGCCAGUCCAGCACUGGGGAGAAAAGGAGCAGCCUGACAAUGUCACGAGGCCCGCCCACUCAGCUGAACACGGUCGCACACACAGGCGCAUCGGAGUCCGCCAUUUCAGACAUGCAGGCGUACAUGGACAUGCUAAACCCAGACAUUGGCUCCGACAUGCCCAAGAAGAAUGAGAUACCUGCUGAUACUGCCUCCAAGCCCCCACCACCACCAACCUUUCCGCCCCCACCUCCCCCACACUCUCCCCCGGUGCCGCCUCCACCCCCGGGCUUCCCGGCACCACAGCCCCCUAAGGAGCCGACAUCAGCGGAGUUCCUGAAGGUGAAAAGCAACUUGCGUCACGUGGAGGGCAGCAACAGCAAGACGGAGCUGACUCCUGGAGAAAACCACGACAAACUGCGGCGUGUUGAUUCAAACAGGAGGUCAAGGAGCUUCAGCAAGCAGCCCAGCACUGGGGACUACUACAAGGCCCUGGGCAGCGACACAGCCGAGCCCCAAGGGAGCAAAAGCAUGGCGCCCAACGAGGAAGGCUCCGUGUUAUUGGAGGAGCCUACCGACAGCCCCGCCCACAGCUCAGAGAAUGGCACCACAGAGGACUUGGCAGCGCCCCCACCUCCUCCUCCACCUCCACCACCUCCUCUUCCUGCAAGCAGUCAGACACAGACCCCCCCUCCGCCUCCUCCAUUGCCCCCGGAGACGGCAACCACCCAGAAUCACUCUGCCAGUAGCACCUCCUCCAACCAGCGACGUCUAUCUUCCUCAUCAGGAAGCACAAAAUCUUUCAACAUGAUGUCCCCCACUGGCGACAACUCGGAGCUGCUGGCAGAGAUCAAAGCAGGGAAGAGCCUCAAGCCAACACCUCACAGUAAAGGCUACACCACUGUCUUCUCCAACAGCGGACCCACAGGCAACAACGAAAACACUGCAUCCCCACCAGAAACCCGCACAUCUAGCCCACCAGCCAAGCCGCCAUCCCCUCCACCGUCCGAUACGUCUGGCGCCUCACCACCCACCACUCCUAGUCCCAGUCCCAGCCCUACUGGUUCUGGAUCUGCCAGGACCAUGUCGACCUCUGCGAGCUACGAGAAACUGUCUUCCAAUGCUGUAAUCAAUGGGAACAGUGGCGGAGCAGAGUCGGGGCGGAAGAUGAGCCUUGCGGAUGUGGAAGCGCUAGUGCCCACUCUCGACGAACAGGGAAAAGCCAUCCCUGAAUGGAAGAGACAGGUGAUGGUGCGAAAGCUUCAGGUCAAGAUGCAAGAGGAGGACGAGCACAAGCGCAAGGUUGAGGAGGAGGCUGCACGCCUGGCAUCGAUGCCGGCCUGGAGAAGAGACAUGAUGAAGAAGAAAAUGGACGAAGAGAGGGAACAAAAAAGAAAAGCAGAGCAGCAGGCCAAACAGGUGAAAGAGAUGGAGGAGAAGACGGAGCUGGAGCGACUACGGAACCUGGGUUAUGACGAGACCAAGCUGGCCCCCUGGCAGCGGCAGAUCAUUCUGAAGAAAGGGGAUAUAGCCAAACAGUGAACU